AUGCCUCCCCCGCGAAGGAGAAACGGCGGUAACGACAGUGCCAGGACCACGGCAUUUGGGAGAGCAUACCCUAAUUUGCAGAGAGCCCUGUUGUUGUCAUGUGAAGUCGGUCCAUUUCUCCUCAUCGCCACCAUCUUGACGAGCGCUGGCAUUUGGAAACGGCCCAUGUGGCAGAGAGCGUUGCUGUGGCGAGCGGCUCUUUGGAGUUUCCUCUCAAGGUGGAUUCUCGUUGGUUGCGCCAUCACCUGGACUUGGAAUGAAUGGGGUCAGGAGGAACGGCGCGAGCAGACGGCAAAUGAUCUUCGACCGGAGCAACGCCAGAACGGAGAACAAGAGGGUCAGCCGCAGUGA